AACGACAACACAUUGUAAUUUUUACCCAUUUUCGUUCUUUCUUGAUAUCAUAAAAAACUUCUUUCAGGUAGGAAAAGAGUUUCAAUUGAAGCAUCUGGAGAUAGCAUUCAAGACAUAUAUAAAUUGCCGUCUUUCAAAAACAGACUAGAAGAGAAACAUAAUAUGUAUUAUGUUUCCACUGAGAGAGAUCAAGUGAGGGCUAGCCAAUCACUGGAUACUGUACCAGAAAAAGAAUCAAAAAGUUCGAUGGAUUCAAAGAAUGCUUUGGAGUCAAAAGAAAAUAUAAGAAGUGUCGAAGAUGAAAAAUUGGAACCAAAGUCGAAACAUUCCAUACAAAAAAAUAUGGAAGAUGAGCAAGAAUUGAAGUCUUUUACAAUUGUUCCCUCUAAAGAAUCAUUCAGGCUUUCAACAAAAAAUCUUGUCAAUGUCAAUGAUGAACAUGAUGAAAAUUCAUCAAAACAUAUUUUGACAUCUCACAGAACAGAUGAAUCGACCCAUGAUACCGAGUCCCCUUCAGAAGAAAAGCAACAGAAAAAGUCACGGGAGUCAAUUAUAUCUUCAAUGGUUUCUGGCCACGGAAGAGUCGUACCGAUCACUGGCUUUUAG